AUGCCCGCCCUCGUCCAGCGCCAAGACGACCGCCGUCACUCGGCUCCCUACCCGGCAUCUACAUCAGCAUCCCUCCACUCCCAACCACCUGCUCCUCCCUUCACCAUCUCCUCCAUAUCACACCACCCACUCCCACGCCGCCAGCCCCUGUUUCCACAGGUCACUUGCUCCGCACCAGACGCAACAGCCCUCUGCCCAAGCAGACGUGUCGCAGCCGUCCCCAUGCGCAGGAGCUUGGCAGCCAUCGACAUGGCCCAACAACAGACUUCCCCACCAUCUCCCGGUUCCGAGCCCGUCACACCCACUCCAUUCGUCGCACCACCCGCCAUGGAGAGGAUCCGCAGCCCCGUCCUCGGCGGUGUGGCCAUGCAGCGCUGCCCAGCAAGCAUGGGCACUGACAGCAACCCGUUUCGUCGACGUGCACCACCCACCCCGGCAACCACGCCACCGCGAGACUGUCAAAACACCCCGUCGCCUGUCACGCCAGCCGCCGUUGCGACCCAGCUGUCACGGUUGGAGCACGAGCUCAGCUCUGCGCGCCGACGCACCACGCCGCGUGCAUUCCCAGUCGCAUCUCACGAGGACAAGCAGCUCACACCACCACCCAUUUUCAGAUUGUCACCACCCCGCGCCCUGCCAGACGUUCCCGUGCCUCGACGCGCAGUCUACGUGUUGGCAAGAACGGCACGCCCCUGCGCGCACUCCCAUGGCACCCAGACGGCACCGGCACGCCCGCCAUGGCCAAAGCCGCAAAGUAAACCGCAAGCAGCUGAGCCGGCCGGCGCGGCUGUCGGCGCGCCCCCUCUUUUUCUUGACCUUCUACGACCCGACCAUGCCUCCCCCCUGUUGUCUUCAGCAUACACGCAUGGCAUACCCUCUCUCUCUCUCUCUCGCAAUGGUCAUGACGAGAAGCCUCCUUCCCAUGAGUCUCGCAUGCCGCUCAUGAACGCCUCUGCGCCUCUUGACGACCAACACGUGGUGACACCCAACACAAACGCCUCGAACGAACAAGCAACACACGCAUACACUAAUUGGGACGUCCGCCGUCCGCAAACCCACACCAUACCAUACCACAUUUCAAUGACCCCUCCCCUCCCUGUAGCCUCUCUUUUCUCUGUCACAGAACAAUUGCAAUCCAUGAUGCAUCUAGUCUCCUAA